UCUCGACGAGGUUGGGAAAAGGAAGCGGGGUUGCCGAGGCUGCUAGAAGCCGGUGCUAUUGGUCUUCCGAAGCGCAUAUCCGUACGUCCGCACGCUGAGUGAGAGGACCCAUUACAUAAUUACCUCCUUGGCUUGAGGCAUGAUCAUCGGCGGGCAAUGGCAUCGCUUCCUUCCUACCAGGAGGCCGUCCGUCGUUGCGACUGGCUUGAGCUGGCCGGCCCCUACAUACUCGUGGGGGACUAUACGCGUCUCUGUCUUGUAUCGAGGCGGUUCUACGACCACUUCGCUCCCCGUCUCUGGAUAGACCCCAUCCGUACAGUUCGUCUGCUGGGGCUAGACCCCGGCGAUGAUCUUAGCUGGUAUCAUCGCUUCAUACCCAAGCAUAUCAAGACGGUGCGGCUUGCUACACGCUCGUUCGUACUAUCCUUGGAUCUCCGAGGAUUCGCCAUCUUGAGCUCGGAAUUCGAUCUAGAUGGCGGCGAGCGGAGCGUCUCGGCGACGUUCCGCCACCUGCCAGCCACCUUCCCUAGGCUGCGCUGCAUUCUUCUGGAUGGACAUCCCGACCUUGAUCCGGGCCUUCUCUCGAGGCCGCUGGAGCCCGCGUCCUUACAAGCGCCCCAAUUCCAGCCUCCUGUGAUGCUCAGUAUCCCGCACUGCCACAGCCAACUAGCGGCAACUUUCUUUGCCUCUCCGUAUCUGACGAACCUCGUGUAUCUUGACAUCUCGGAUACUCCUGGUUCCUUGAAGAGUGCUUUGGCUCAAUCAACAUUCAGUCCCGCAAACCUUCCCUUUCUACGCGUCCUCAAAGCUCAAGGCCGGGAAAUGGAUGAUAGCACGGCGAUAUUGCUCUUCAGGUCGUUUAAAGGACAACUCUGGAGUCUUGAUUUGAGCAGAAACGGCCUGACGGACGCCGUUAUUAAUGACAUGGUCCAUUUCUGUUUUCCGACUCGCAGCCUGCGGACUGCUGCCCACUUUGACGUGGAAGGAAAGCUAGAUCUGACCAUGAGCGCUGGCAGCAGCGCAUAUGGACCGUUUGGGUUUAUCUGCGAAUCGGAAUGGAGCCGAGAGUUCACUCACCCCGACCGAUAUAUGGCAGACGCCCCCAUAUACACACGCAAUGCAUAUAGGCCAGGCCAAGAGGUGUUGUCCAUGAGGCAUGACGGACUGGAAAGCGCCAGGGGAGACUCUGCCGGGGAUAUAAAACAAGCACUAGCUGGCACCAUGGAAACCCCUCCCAGAGACAUAGAAGAAGUUCGACGCCUUGACGUCUGGAACAGCCACGGUGGUAUCACUCACCUGCGUCUGAGUGGCAACGCCUUCUCUGCAGCUGGCGUGGAGAAACUGAUUAGAAGUUCACCCGGCCAACUCCGACAUUUCGAGUGCAGCUCAGCAGCCGCUCAGGGGCUGAAACAGACACUGCCGCCGUGGCUGGCCAAAAAUCCACGCUUCUCAGCUGUCCUUGGAGCCGCGCACCUUUUCCGCCCGGUCAUCUCGCCGAAUCUGCAGGUCCUACGCAUUCACCAUUCAUUGGUGACUCAAGUGCCCACUCUUGAGACGGACAACUUGGUGACCAUGGCCAAUCUGUGGCUUGCAGAAACAUUCGUCAGGGAAAGAGUCGAGUUGGCCUAUCCGCAGGUGUUUGUGCCAGAUAUGAAUCCGCGGCUGUACUCGUUGACCCUGACAAACAUUCCCCGAUACUCGGUAGGGCCUGUGGUCAGCAAACUGCUGCGGUUGUUGAGGCUCGUUUCCAUGCAGGAGAGAGCGAUCCAGGAUGUCCAGUUGCCAUCAUCACGACGCAGUCCGAACACGCUGAGGGGUAUCAGACACAUACGACUCGAAUUUGAACCUGAUCCGACCGAAGAGCUCGGCCACUCCCUGGACUCGGAAGAUCUCGACCCUGAGCAGUUGAUCAAUCUCUCGUCCAAAGAAUUCAGCUUUUUCGGUGAUUUGGGCUGGGGAUCUGCGCCGACCUCAGACAAGCCACAACCGCCCUCUUCGAGACAUUCCGACAUUCAAACUGAACCGCCUCCCAAGCCACGAACCCCAGAUUCGGGCCGACUGGAUCACUACCCGUCUGGAGAGAGACAGGACGAGUACGUCGUCGAUCACCCCGUAAGCUGGAAUGGAAACGACCUCACAGUUCCGGUAUGGAUCGGCACCGCCGCACGAGGCCCACACGAAGCCGUUAACGAAUAUAUGCGGCUCCUGCAAGACCCGGCGUUGCGUGCCAAUGCCGCCCCCGCCUCACCAAGCCACAUCGCGGCCGGCGUGCCUGCUGGCUCGUACAUCUUCUACUCGGCCUGGGACGCCAUGCUCCUCCGCCCGCCCCACACAAUACGCAAGCCCACAAAGGCCGACAUCGCCGGCAUGCGCGACGUGGUCGCCGCCAUAAAGGCGUACCGCGGCAGGACCAGGGCGGCGUUCGACGCCGCGAAGAAGGCCGCUGGCUCGGCGGGACCCGCCGUGCGGCUGGGCGAGCCCCAUUAUCACUGGACUGGGAAGCUGGAGGUCUCAUUGGCGGACGCGAUGGCUCGGGAUCACUCGUCAAAGUUCUGGAGAUGACUGGACUCAGGCUGAAACUCCCCAACGCUAUCUGUGCUCGCAAAGAGAGAAACAGAUAAGAGAGGUUUUAUCCUAUGUAUCUCCUCUCUUAUCUACCAGGGGCGGGAGCGGGAGUAGCAUGAACCAGAAAACAGCCGACCUUUGCACCGGUGGUCUCAAAGUCCCGGUGGAAGACUCCGUGUCGUCCCGGUGCCAAUG